AUGUUUGCAGUUCCUAUAUUUGUCCUUUUAAUUCGCUUCGUUCUGAGCUGUGAGGAACCAAGAUGCAAUGGAACGUCCUCGUUACCAAGAAUGCGUUUACUGAAACAUUCGUUUUUGGUAAAAGAAGCUGAGAGCAUGGUAGGCUGCAUCAAUAUCUGCGACAAACAAACACAGUGCCGAAGCAUAAACUUCAAUUGGGUCAAUUGUCUCUGUGAAUUAAACAAAGCUGAUGUCCAUAUUGCUUCCCAAGAUGUAAUUUCUGCCAAAGGAUAUGUGUACUUGGAUAAUCCGUGGCCAAAAAUCCAACUGGUGAGUUGUGGGAAAGUUGUUCUUUGAAAUGCCCUGGGAAAUAAUAUUUUCAUUAAAUAAACAAUUGGAGCACUAAGAGGUAAAAUAAAAACAUUCCUUAAGGGUAAUUUUCGGUGCUCAUGAAGUUAUUCUGAUGGUUGUUUUCUUAGAAUAUUCUCUAAAAUAAUUGAAAUGCAUAAUUUUUGCUAACGUACUUAACACGAAAGCGCUGCUGCAUUUUCUCUAGCAGUGAAUACCGUAAAAUUCCGAAAUAUUAGCCCCGAGGGCAUAAUGUAAUCAAUGCAGAUCGUAUCCAAACCGAUUUUGAAUAGUUCACUUGUAACUCAGUUAUAACUCACCUAUAACAUUGGCCCCUUCGUUCAUAUAUGCCGCUCCGAAUAUAACCCCCUUUAAAACAGCCUGAAAACGAGUUUAUGUCCUAAUCGAAUUUCAAAUUAUCUGGUUUCAAUAGUCUGCACGAAUUCGCAAAUUCAUCGUAUUCAAAAAAAAAAAAAUUCACUCUGCAAGGCAGAUUAAGAAAGAUGCGGUUUCGGCGAGCGAAUCCUCUGUUUUCGUGUGGAAGAAUAUAUCGAAUUCACAAAAUUCUGGCUUCAAAAUACCGCGCGAUCGCAGGUUACAGUAACUGUUGUUUUCCGUUUCUAACAAGAAGAGAGUUGCAUGUAAGGGCCUGUUCACAUGCUGGAGGUAGAGGACCCCACGUAGGUGAGGUAACCCGCCUGUCCAUAUAAUCUCUCGGCAUCUCGUUUACAUGAUAGGUGGGGUGACCAUAUGAAAGACUAGAGAAAUUAUAUGAACAGGUGGAUUACUCCACCUACCUGAGGUCCCCCACCUCCAUGUAAACAGGUCCUAAAUGAUAGUAAGAGGGUCAAGGUCCUUGCAGUUCAGCUAAAAUCGAGCAAUUUUUAAUGCAGAUGUUUGCUUCUUUGUUCUUCAGACAUCAUGUGCACAGAUUCAGCAAUUAGUCCCGGAUGCUAAAUCUAGCUAUUACUGGGUUCACAUUAAAGGCAAGAAGGCUCAAGUAUACUGUGACAUGAACAAUUAUGGUAUGAUCACGUCAAAUCAUGUACCAGUUGUCAAUAUUUGUUAUUCACCUUUUCACGUACUUCUUAAAUUUACUAGCUACGUGGUGCAGUGGGAGUCGAGUAUGAGCCUGUAAACAUUUUUUGCAAUGGGUGAAUGGUGAAUAAAAUAAGCCCUUCUUCGUAUGCUCGGUGGUUGAUCCACACACAUACCUCAGUGACUAUCGCUUAGAAACUACAGCUUGGAGUUUCAGUUAAUGUUCGCACUUUAAAUUCCAUCCACAGACUGAAAAUCAACAUAUACAGUACCAUAACAGCACCACAAGAUGGCUAGAUUGGUAGCUUUACCCUUUCUUAUUUGAAUGGUGAAGCUUUAGGAAUUCACCAGCCAACAGACUCAAGAGUUAGAACCGCCUUGUACAACUCUAUUAACGGUUUCACCGGAGUAUUAGUCGCUACUAAGCCUUUCAGUCUGAGGCAUCAAAACGAAAGUUAAAUAAUACCCCAGCUUCUGUUACCCCUUCUAAUUAUUAUGAUAAUUCUGUGAGAUAAUUGAUCUACAAGUAACAUUGUUAUAAUUGUUGAACAAAAUUGCUCUCAGUCAGGACGCACGGAACUCGCUGUGCUCGGUCCGUAAGAACUGAACUCGAACCAAGUAUAGUUUCCCGUCGGGCCCGACCUAACUCAGUCAAUGAGUACGUAUUAAUUCUUAAUCAUUUCAUAAUUAAGGUGGAGGAUGGACACUCGUUGCAAGCAUCAGUUCGUCCAGCAAUGAUCAUCUUUUAAGAGCAGAAGUCAACUGCUACAAUUCAACACGUUGCGUUGAGUUCACCAACACUUCAGUUCCAUGCAGGAAAUUAUCGGAUCAUGACAUCCACGAGAUUGCAACACACGAAGGUAAAUUAAACUAAAGGCCAAAACUGCGAUAGCACAAACAAGUGCAAAUUAAAAUUCUUCUUGAAUCGGAUUAUCGGUUAUUACUUACUCUAAGAUGUAUGCUCGCAAAACGUGUAAAAAUUUUUUUCUUUAGUUUAACCUGUCUCACAAUUAGUACCUUUAAGUUUUGUAAUUAAAAGAUAACGAUUUUCUUUGUUGAAUGUAAGAAUUCUUUCUGGAGAAAUUAAAUUAAAUUAGUCCCUUUGCCAUGAUCAAAUGAUUAACCUCUUCUACGUUACGUGCACUUCUACUUCUUCGUAAUUCUUCAUCAUUAAUCGGUAAACUUCAGAACAGGCGGGACCACAGGUUCCCCGGCCCGACUGCUGUGGCUGCAAUCGUGGGCAAGCAAAACUAUUUGCCUUUGUUGCAGCAUUCCUUGUUAAACUUCUAAGAGGCGCCAUGCAAGCUGAAAAUACAGUGCAUGCGGUAAUCCUUUACAGUUUCCUCCAAAAACGUUUGGGAGUGCAUUUUCCUUUUUUAGAUAACCAUAACAUAGCAAACAAGAAACACAAGCGGAUUGAGCCUCUAAUAAAAUUAACUAAUUAAUAGAUAUGCCUUUCUAAGCCUCCGCAAAAGAAUUUUGUUAAUAGUAAAAUCUUCUAUUUUACGUUAUUACCAGGCACCUUUCGGGUUGAUCAAGUCACAGAUGGAUUCACUGGAUUUUUUCAGGUAUAUGCAUAAAGAAAAGAGUGCCCCCCCCCCCCCCGAUACUGACAGCUGUAAGAAGCCCUUCCUCUUCGUGGGAACUGUUGGGGUUUUCAUUUUUGGGUUUCGAGCAAUUUCAAGAUUGAUCUUUUCGCUCUAGCUCUUAACGUUGGGACGAAGUAAACUGAACGGCUUUCAGUUUUUCUUUUUUUCAUACUGUCUGUUAUUUGAGGGGCGGAGGCGCUUGUUUUCUGGGGGGAGUGUCAAAGAGUUCUGUUACUAUUUACAUCACAGUACAUAUCAUUACAUUUGUGUUCGGUUCUGCUGUGUUGUCUUAAUUCAUCCCAGAACAGGUUUCAAGGGUGUUUUACAAUCACUUUUUAAGUUAUUUCAAGAUUAACCCCAUAUUGAUCGUUAAAGCCAGCAGCUUUCAAUUCGGUUUUCAUAAUGGAUCACAAUUGCGGUUUCCUUCCUCAAUCUUUUUCUUUAGACCGUAACACUGUUCUGUCAUAAACACUCCCCACUUCCUGACCAACACAGCCUCAGUCUCUUUAGUCUUUUCUAUGUUAUAAAGGUAUUUUAAUUUGUGCUAUCCGUCAUCUUUCAGUUAAAAUCCUAUUUCUUAGUUUCGAAGGCAUGCUUAAUGUAUCUUAACGUUUUUGCCGAAGGAAGGAAGGAAGGAAGGAAGGAAGGAAGGCGAAGAAAUUUCUGGGACAUUUAAAGUCUAAAUUAUAAACAACAAUUGUCUUAAAAAUUACUUUGAUAAAAAGAUUUCACUUUGCAGAUUCCAGCUGGUGCGAGACAUUUCAAUUCUGAAUGCCAUAUCAAUAGGUAAAAACCGUGAUAUCCUAAUUUCAAAUAUUUUCCCAAUCCCCACAUUUUUUUCACAAUUACACAUCAAACACAAUGUAGCCUUCCCCAGUGACAUUUUGAGCCUUUGGCUAAAUUCGGCGCAAUUAUUAUAUGCUAAACCUUUGACCAAAUGCUCCCUUUGGUUAAUGUUUAUAUUAGUUAAUAACACAAGGCAGAGCGGAGUGUUUUCAGUAGAUAACUUUAUAACGGUUAACCCUUCGAAUUGUCGGUUUAGUUUUCCCUAAAAUAGCGAACUGGCGAGCUAAAAAUCAGGGGCCAGUUGCAAGGUUUCAGAGUUUGACCGUAGUUAUUCAAGUGCAGCGCAGUUUUGAAGCCUGUCAGCAGACUUGUCUGUAACAUGUAUAAUAAAUUUUUCUUAGUAUUUCUUUGACAUGAGUGUACACAAGGUAUGUACAAUAGCAUUCCUACAAUUUUGAACGAACUGACCAAUAUAUAUUAACUGUUAAUUCAUUCGACCCAAUCUAGGUGAACCAAAAAUAAACGACUCCCCAGUCGUUUUACUUCAGACCAAAAAAAGCCCAUAAGAAUAGUUGUUAUUUCUUUCUUCAGUAUUUUCUCAUGAUCUACCUGAUCUCUGGUCGAAAUGGAAUUUGGAAUUGCUACGUUUUUAGGAUACGGAAAAACCCGGGUUACCCUGAGAGAAACUUCUCGGAGCAAACUGAAGACUUGACAACAAAUUCAACCCACAUACGGCAUCGGCGCGGGCCAUACUGGUAGGAGGUGUUUCCCGUACUGAGCCACCACUGUGCCACCCUUGCUCCCCGACAGUAAUUUGCUUAAUAGUUUGCUCUGACAAGUAACUAUAUCGGCUUUUCCUUCAUAUAUAGCUGCCCACGCAUCAUAACGUCUCACAUCUAUCCUUACCAGUGGGAGUCAAACAGCUGCAAAGGGAUACUGAACGGUUAUUUCAUAAUUCGCAACUCCUGCCACAGAGGUAACAAUACAUAUUCACAUUAA